UGUGUCGUUCUUACGAUUCUCCCCUUUUUUCGGUGGUGACCGCCGUACACUGAACUUUGGGGCGCAAUCGGAAAUCCCCCGGUCAACCCCGGUUUGUGCCGGAGCUCACUCAGCAACACCCAGACGACACGGGCAACAAAGAAACAACGUGCUCCGGUGUGCUGUGGGCUUCCGUUGCUGGAUUUCGUUGUGACUGCAGCCAAGCAGCUCUUGCGGACGUUUAGUAAAUUACGACGUUCGGUGCAGAACUGCAGCGUCAGAACCGUACCGACGACAACAGUACCCAGUGCUGUGUUGUGUAACGUGUCCAUAUUUGGGCAGCGGCACAUUGCGGACACCUGCGUCGUCGUUGCGUGUGUGGCUGGCUGCGUUUGUGCGUUUGGCCGAGACCAAAGCUUUUUUCGGGAUAACAGUUUAUCGAUGCGGUAUCGUGUCGGCGGGCGUCCUUGCCAGUGACAAAGUGAGCAUUGUCGGUGUUUCGCACAUUGUGUCCGGCUUGUGUUCGUGGUCGGCAGGCAUCUCACAGCAACACCUCCUCGGGCAGAAACAAAACCACCAGUUGUGGUGUGUGUAUCUGUGUGGAGCAGUCGACCGGUGUGUGUGCGAGUGUUUGUGAUUAGAGUGAGGCUGGCGAGAAUCUGUCCUGCAUACCGUAGCCGGACCGGUACAGCCGUGACAAGCUUACAGUGUACUUGGCUGCGGUUUAGCUUAGCUAUUUGUUUGUUGUUAUUUUCUUGUGAUUCAUCCAUUCUUUCAUGUUCGUGCUUGUGUGUACGGUGCCAGUGUGAGUGAUUUGAAAGCAAAGCCUAGAAAGCGGUCCUCGAGGUACGUUACAUGGCGUGCGACAGCGUGUGACAAAGAAGAGUUACGCCGAAGAAAAGGAAGAGUACGAACCAUCGAAGCUGUUGUCGGCCCGCAGAUUACAAAUACGACCGACAUCGCAAAUACUACGACCAUUCGAAAGAUCGAACUACGCCCUUGGUACGAGAUGAAGCCAAGAUCGCUGGCGGAGAACUAACGCCCCGGCCCAGGAAGGACCUACUCGCGCAUAUUUCAUCGCUCGACCGACAGACAUAGUGCCACACAGUCGUCAUUGCAGCGCCAACAGACAACACAGGGACUAGUGAAUUCAUUUCACCGUAAAGACAUCGUUCCCGGGAAGUGUGGUACCUUCUCCUUGUCAUUGAGUGCAGAACCGAAGACGGACGCUGUCGGUGCAGCUGGAGCGUUUUAUUUUUUUCGUUCGUUGUUGCUUCUGCAGCUCCGGUUUGUUUUGUGUGCAUUUUUUAUUUUCGUCCCGGGAGGGAAUAAGCAGACACCGGAGCUCUGUCUGCUAACUUGGUAGGGAACUUCUGCUGCACGGCACACACAAACACACACACAGACGGCACCGGGGAGACGGGUUAAAUGAAAAUGUCAGACUUUGAGCGAAUAAGGCUAGUGAUUUUGGGUGGAGCCGGUGUCGGCAAAAGCUGCAUCAUAAAGCGGUUCCUGUUCAAAACGUACUCCGACAAGUAUCGGCCAACGGUGGAAGAUCUGUACAACCGGGAGUACGAUCUCGGUUCGGUUACGCUCAAGGUUGACAUCCUUGAUACGUCCGGUGAGAUGCAGUUUCCGGCCAUGCGACGGCUCUCCAUUGCGACCGCCCAUGCGUUCCUGCUAGUGUAUGCGACCACGUCCGAGGGUAGUCUGGGGUGCAUCAAGCAGUGCUUCGAGGAAAUACGCGAGCAGCGGGCCGACUUCCAGGACAUCCCCAUGGUAAUCGUGGGCAACAAGUACGAUCUGACGUCUUCGCACCGUGAGGUACGGAUCGAGGACGUCUCCGAGUGGGUUUUCUGUGAGCUGCCAAAGCUAAAGGUGAAGGUGCUCGAAUGCUCGGCCAAGGAUGAUUACAAUAUAAUGGAAAUAUUUCGAACGUUUGUCACACUGUCCCGCAUACUGCCGGUGAACGGUAGCGCCGAGUCCGGUUCCGGCCUGAAGCGACGCUCGUCAGCCUACGUCAGUGCCAGCAGUAAAGCAAAAUCACGAAUCGGAAGUCCGUCCAUUGGAGGUUGUGAAAAGCCAAAGGAUUCAUCGUUCCUAGCGGCAUCCACGUCUGAGGGCACCAGCAGCGGAAGCGGCGUUCUGGCCGGCGUCAGCGGUUCGGACGUGAAGGCAAAACCUCGAUCAAGAUCGCUCAUCCGAAGAUCGUCCAGAAAGACGAAGCAACAGAUACAGAAUGCAUCGGGCGCCGAAGACUGCAACAUUCAAUGAAUUCGAGCGCGUUGGAAGGUGUUGCACCAUUUGCAUUCGAUGGCUGUCCCUCGACGAUGAUGUGGAGCGUUCGGUGUGCCGCAGCAGGAAGCUACAUUCUUGGCCAAGACCGGAAGUGGGACGUGUUUCUGAGAACACACACACACAAACACACCCUUACAGCAGACACUUGCAACAAAAUUGCACAUCGUUUUUUCUUGUUAUAUUGUUGUAGUAACGAUGGCGGAAGGCACUCUCGCCAGGGCACGCGUCCUGGUCCUGGUGCACACACACACACACAAACACUCCAUCCUUGCAAAGUCGUAGAAACGAAAGUCAAACCACUCGCUCGACGAGUCACUCAUUGCGAGAACGAUUGUGAUCCGACUAGUGGCACAAAUGGAAGAAACAUUGAGAAAAUUAUAUUAAUUGAAUUACUUGCGUCUUUGCGAGAUGCGGGCGAUCCUAGCAGUAGUAUCCGAAGACGUUCUAGAGUAGUGUUUUUGGACAAUUGUUGACAUAGGCUAGGGAAAGCCUCCGCGCACAUUAUUAUUGAUGAAUGCACCCGAAACAAGCGACCGACCGAGCGACCGAAUUUGGACCUUGCGGUUAAGCAUUGUCAUGUUUGAAAACCAACAAUCUGUGUAUGUGUGAGUGUCUGUGUCCGUUGUGGUUGUGUGACUGUACGAAACGAAAGCGGGCCCGUUUGGCCGUAGAGGAUUAAAAUUUAUGGGCACAAGCAAAAGCAAAACCAUCGUAUGAAAACCCGACCGAGUGGAACAAAAUGGAGACCAUAGAGAGAGCAAAACUAACCAGCCCAAAAUCGCCUUUUGCAAGUAUCGGCCGAGUAGAGUGGCGCGAUCCGGCCGAGUUCGAAAAAGUAAGCAAAACUUUCCAAAAGCGUCGAGGAUGUUUGUAAAAAGCAAUAAUUUUCCCGUAGUGUUUGACAAGCGUUCCCAGGGGCCGCGAAAGACCUUCUUAACCGUAAGACACUUCUAGCUGAUGCCGUUUAAAAUCGUUGCCACUACUGCUCACUGUAUGUACAAGGCUCAAGCGCUCACGUAAAGUGACAAUUUAGAUUGAAUAAAUGUGUAACGAGGUGAGGCUGAGGCAAAACCGGAACUGAACCGAUCCAGUAAUUUAGAGGUAAACAAAGACACAGCAAAACCAAAAAAUCACCUUCAGGACAACUUUUGAACCCGAUUUGAACGUACUACAUACCCCAUACUUACGAUAAAACUUUUGAAGAACUAAGCUACGCACACACAAAACUUAAACCAUGAUGAUCUCGACAAGUUUUAGCCAGUUAAGCCCUUAACCAUCCCUAUCGUUAUCCACAAAGCAUUAAGUGCAUGAUUUAACGCCUCUUUUCGGUUUAAAUACUAAACGGCAUCACCACACGCUUGUAUGACCAAUGACUUACCUGCUGCAAGCAGCUGUUCCCUAGUAUGCUAGAAUAAAGAUAGAUUGUAACGCUAGUCCAAACGAGCUGAGCUUAUCCAACAUUAUAGAGACAUCACCUCUGCUAGUAGUAAUCCCUCACCUAACAUGACCGCCAUAUUGAAGUGUAUCGCUGUGUACGAGAGAGAGAGAGAAAAAGCCAAUGACUAUUUAGUUUUGUUUUUAAAGUAUGCAUUUAAAAUAAACUGGACUAGCUUUGGGGGAAAUGGUUGUUAUCCUUUCCCGACUAGUCUUUGUGCAGUUAGCUGGGACGUUACUCAUCAUGACCAGUGGUUGGAUAUUGCCUUGGGAGGCCUUAAGGUCUUUGUGCGUUCAGGGUCUUUUGCGAGACUCUCCGUAGAAGCUUAGUGUGCUUACUGUUACCGAAAAUUGAGCUCUAGAUGCAGUUUCCUUACGUGGUUCCCUGGCAUUCAUGGAAAUACCAAAAAUUCGACUCUUGUUUAGGCGCCUUCAACGGUUCAAGGCCUUGACAGAAGCAAUGAUCAGUUGCUACUCUACUUUGGUAGAAGAAUAAUUGGAUAAGAUCCUCCAACAGCGGAUUGGUCCUCUAUCGGUCGGUCUGAUAUUCCGACAAUAUUCCGAACCGUUCCCCAGUAGUGAGGGCUUACUAUCCAGCUGCGUGAUAUUCAGAAGUCUAGUAAGUCAUACGAUGCCUGGCACGACCUAGCAGGACGUUAAGGCAAGAAAAAUUAUAUGCUUCGACAGAGAUUUGCCCAAAUUGAGGAAAAACCUUUCACAGCUGUUGAGGUCUGUUGGGAGGCCUUUAGAUAUUGGUCGCGCUCACCAUCGGAAAGAUGUUUUUAAUGAGCAUCACAAGAGGCUUUUUCUUAGUGAAGGUCACAUGUACGGCAGCUUCGACUGAUACAUGAACAUAUGAAUGACAAUGUCUAUCUUAACAACUCCCAAUUAAAGAUUCUAACAAAGAUCCACCGAGGGAAGGAGCCUCCGCUUUCAUAAUCAAUAUCCUUCUACACUGUUAUCCCUUUUUGACAUUUUCGAUGCAUCUUCAGAAGUGAAGAGAUGUUGUUAAAUUCGAAUCAGUUGUAAGAGGUCCCCAGAUCACCUCGCUAUUUUAAAGUAUGAACAAAUCAUUAAAUGAAGUUCCAAUAACGAUACAAACGACUAAGGACAGUUGGAUUGGUUUUCGUUCAGAGAAAGGAUCAUCGAAUGAAAUGUCGUGCAAAUCAGCCCACUAUUUUUUAAUGCAUACGUUAGUACAGUCCUUCAAGCCUGCAGCGACCAUCUCUACACACUUAAUGGCUCACAUUGCUGCUCAUCCCCAUAUAAACAUAGCAACAACAAAAAUAAUUUCUCUAUAGGAUUUAAACAAACAAAAAAAAGGCAAAUAUUAAAUACAUGAAAUAUUGUAAAGUUAGAUGAAAACAUAGAAAACCCCACAUCAAACAGCCCCACAGUUUGAUACAAAAUGAGAGACAGAGUGAGAAGCGGAACGCAACCUAAAGAUUCUAGACGUCCAAUGUCUAGAAAUGGCUGUCGAAAUGUUCCCAAGCUAGUGGAACCGAUGCGCAUGUGGACGGAGCGAUGAUUAGUGAAGAAAAUGUUACAAUUAGGCAAUAGUAAGGAGUCAUCCUGCAGUCUCGAUUGCAGGGGCCGCAGUUUUGUGUGGUUCUCGCAAACGGGUAACAGGUCCAGUGGUUGAUAGCGGGUUGAGGUUACACGUUUCAAAUCGUCCUUUCGAUGUAUCGCAUUAAAGAGCUAGAGAGACAGUGGGGGCGAAAGAGGUGAUUGACGAAAAGAUCAGUUGCAUUGUUAUGUAGCGGUUGUUUUAAGGAACCAAUUUCCAGAUUUUCGCGGCCAAUGGGGGCCAGUGGUGGCCCCAUCAAACUUGCACUAGACUUUGGAGGAUAAGGUCGCACUGUAUGGGCAUAACAUAUCGUCGUUACAUCAGUUGCUGUUCGUACGUUGGGACAAUAUUUACCCGUAGGACGUUUUUUCACACAAUACGAAGAGACUGUUGUUUUAGGUGGAAUUAGAUGAAAGUUACUGCAACACGGCACCACUUGCAUUCAAUGUGAUUUAACCGUAACCGUUCGUUGCACCGAUGAUGAUGGCCCUUGAUGAGAUGGUCCCUGGAGCAUCCCUGGUUCCCUGGUUUUCCCCGUGGCCCAAUGUGUUGGCUUCUGUUCUGAGUUGAGACACUCGGAACCAAUUCAUUCCAUCCUCCAGUUUUCCUUUCCGGAGUUCACAUCCCCACACAGACUAGGCUUAUGAAAUCUACAAUAUCUAGAGUUGCCAUGACUCGGCGUACCGGUAAAUGUCUGAAUGUUGUGUCAAAAACGUGUGUGUGUGAGUGUGUGGUGUAACUGUUCAUCUGAUCUGAUUUGCUACAUCUUCUUCUCGUUCGGGAGUAUCUCUUACUACACUUACAUCUAGCCACUAGCGCGGAUGGUACGGGCAUUGCAGAUCCGCACAUAGGAUAGGAUCGUUUUAUAGAUUAACUGAAGGCAAGUACCAACCAUUUAGAAACAGCCACUGGCGGCAGACGGCUUUCACCUUUCAAGAAGCAAUUAUUACAACCCUUACCACCCUAACUCUGCGACCGUGACCACAUUCGACUGGGAUUCGAUGAUCGUUCAAUUUGGAUCGAUUUGCAUUGGUGCCGCUCACAGUGAGCUACAACAUUGUGAACUGCGCUCUCGUCUAGAGUUACUUAAUAAAUAGCGCAAGGAACGAAAGGGAAUGAAUGGAUUGACGCGCGUACCAAUUUGAGAGUUAGCUUACGUUUAGGAAGAUGCAAAACAAACAAAACAUACACAAACUGUUACUUAUGAGAUAUCAAAAUAAGGUAAAGAAGGCAAACCAAUGUUUACAAAUACAACAAGUGAUGGCGUGAUGGCGAGACAGCAGACCGGGAGCGGCAGCCAACCACAAUUGCAUUUGUAAUUAGAUAAGAAGGUGACAUAUUUCUUACUAAUAAACUGUUUCGAUUAUCCUUUCCUUAUACAAA